AUGGUAAAAUAUGGCAAAGACUACAACAGUAUAGAACCUCCUGAUGGAGGUUGGGGAUGGAUGAUUGUGCUUCACUUUUUUCUGGUAAAUGUGUCUGUAAUGGGAACAAUGAAGAACUUUGCAAUUUUCUUUGUCGUCUUUCAAGAAAAUGUUGGUGGCUCUUCUGAACACAUUGGGUGGAUUGGCUCCAUUAUGAGUUCUCUUCGAUUCCUAGCAGCUCCGCUAGUAACGACAGUAUGUGAUAUGCUAGGAGAUCGGCAGACAUCACUGAUUGGUGCAUGCCUGUUUGGUGCUGGCUGUCUUAUCAGCACACUGGCCACUAGUAUCUCCUUCCUUUGUGUUUCUAUGGGAUUUCUAUCAGGACUAGGCUUCGCUUGCUUGUAUCAGGUGGGAGCUGUAAUGAUUGUUAAGUAUUUCAAGAAGCGGCUGGCUCUAGCCAAUGCAAUUAGUCGUUCGGGAAUGGGACUGUGUGUUGUACUGGCACCUUUUGUUCAACUCCUGAUAGAAAGUUAUGGUUGGCAAGGAAUAACAGAGACAGUCUGCUUGUUGCUCUCUGGCUGGAUUGCAGAUCAGAACUGGAUUAAGAAGUAUCAUUAUCAUAAGGCAUACCUCAUUCUUUGUGGAGUCACUAACCUGCUGGGUCCUCUAGCCACCACCUUCCCAACACUGAUGGCCUACGCAGUAUUCUUCGCCAUUUUCAGUGGUGGAUACUUGGCCCUGUUGCUUCCUGUACUGGUAGAUCUUGUAGGUGCUCCAGGCUUCCACAGUGCUUUGGGACUCGCUUCAUUCAUUGCUGGGUUUGGAGUCAUCGCUGGUCCUCCCAUUGCAGGUUGGUUGUAUGAUUACACUCAGACGUAUGCCUGCUCUUUCAUUUUUGCUGGCAUCUGUUUCCUUGUUUCUCCGAUUUCACUCUUCUUCGAGCCUUUAGCCCAAAAAUGGAGGCAAAAGAAAGAACUUGAACUAGAUACUUAA